UCCGCCCACAGAGUCCGAUGGCGGCGGCCGCGCGCAGGCACCCGGCUCAGGAUAGUGUGUCCUUUGAGGAUGUUGCUGUGUACUUCUCCUGGGAGGAGUGGAGGCUCCUUGAUGAGGCUCAGAGAUGCCUGUACCACGAUGUGAUGCUGGAGAACUUUGCACUUAUAUCCUCACUGGGUUGCUGCUGUGGAGCAGAGGAUGCGGAGGCACCCCUUGAACAGAGCGUUUCUGUAGGUGUGUCACAGGCCAGCACGCCCAAGGCAGCGCUGUCUUCCCGGAAGACCCACCCCUGUGAGAUGUGUGGUCCGGUCUUGAGAGACAUUUUCCACUUGGCUGAGCACCAGGGAAAGCCAAGCAGCCAGAAACUGUUGAGGUGUGGGGCAUGCGCAAAACGAUUUUAUUUCAGCGUAAACUUUCAGCAUCAGCCAGAGCAGCACACGGGAGUGAAACCAUUCAGAAGCAGUGUGGACAGGACCUCUUUUGUGAAGAGCUGUGGAUUCCAUGAUUCAGGAAAGCCCUUUACCUGUGGAGAGAUUGAGAAAGACUUCCUGCCUGGCUCGGGGCAUCUGCAACAAGGGGCCAUUCAUACUGGAGAAAAGCUAAACACAAUCAGCCAGUGCAGGGCAACUAUACAGAGCAGAAAAAGUCAUUACACCUGGGGAGAAUGCAAGAAAGCCUUCGGUCCCAAACACACGCUUUCUCAGGACCAGUGUUUUGUGUGCAGUGAAUGUGGGAAAACAUUCAGCUACAAAUCUUCAUUUGUUAUCCACCAGAGAUUGCAUACUGGAAAAAGGCAUCAUGAGUUUGAUGAAUGUGGAAAAUCCCUUCGGCAAAGCUCAACCCUCAGUCAGCAUGGAAAGACUCACUCCGGAUCCAGGCAAUACAAGUGCAGCAAAUGUGGGAAAUCUUUAAGCCACAAAUCUGUUCUUAUUCAUCCCCAGCGAUGGCACGGUGGAGAAAACAGUUAUAUGUGUGGUGAAUGUGCAAAAUCUUUUAGUCAGAGCUCAGUGUUGAUUCCGUGUAGAGUUCAAACUGGAGAAAGGCCUUAUAAGUGUGGUGACUGUGCAAAAUCUUUUACCUCUAUCUCUGCCCUAAGUUAUCAUCAGAGAUCUCACACAGGGGAAAGGCCCUAUGAGUGCAGUGAAUGUGGGAAGUCUUUUAUCUCUAGGUCUGACCUCCGUUAUCAUCAGAGAGUUCAUUCUGGAGAAAGGCCUUAUGAAUGCAGUGAAUGUGGGAAAUCCUUUAUCACUCGUACUGCUCUCCGUUAUCAUCACAGGGUUCACACUGGGGAGAGGCCUUAUGAAUGCAGUGAAUGUGGCAAGUCCUUUACCCGAAGAAAUAACCUCAUUAUACACCUAAGAGUUCACUCAGGUGAAAGACCUUAUGAGUGUAGUGAAUGUGGGAAAUCUUUUACCUUUAGUUCCAGCCUGCGUUAUCACCACAGAGUUCACACUGGAGAAAGACCUUAUGAGUGUAGUGAAUGUGGGAAAUCUUUUAACAAUAGGUGGACACUCAUUCGACACCGGAGAAUUCACACAGGAGAAAAGCCGUAUGUGUGCAAUAAAUGUGGGAAAUCUUUUACCUGUAGCUCCACCCUCCAGUAUCAUCAUCGAGGUCACCUUGGAGAGAGGCCUUAUGAGUGCAGUGAAUGUGGGAGAUCUUUUACUACUAGCUCUGCCCUCCGUUAUCACCAGAGAGUUCACACUGGAGAAAGGCCUUAUGAGUGUAACGAAUGUGGGAAAUCUUUUAUUUCUAGAUCUGACCUCCAUUAUCAUCAUAGAGUUCAUUCUGGAGAAAGGCCUUACGAGUGUAGUGAAUGUGGGAAAUCCUUUAUCCGAAGAAAUAACCUUAUUUUACAUCAGAGAGUUCACACAGGAGAAAGGCCUUACAAGUGUAGUGAAUGUGGGAAAUCUUUUAAUAAUAGGUGGACCCUGAUUCAACACCAGAGAGUUCACACAGGAGAAAAACCGUAUGUGUGCAAUGAAUGUGGGAAAUCUUUUACCUGUAGCUCCACACUUUGUUACCAUCAAAGAGUUCAUGAAGGUAAAAGGCCAUAUGAGUGCAGUGAAUGUGGGAAAUCUUUUACCUCCAGUUCUACCCUCCGUUACCAUCAGAGAGUUCACACAGGAGAGAGGCCUUACAAGUGCAGUGAAUGUGGGAAAUCUUUUACCUUUAGUGCCAGCCUUCGUUAUCAUCACAGAGUGCACAGUGGAGAAAGACCUUAUGAGUGCAGCGAAUGUGGGAAAUCCUUUAAGGAUAGAUCACAAUUCAAUAAACACUGGAGAACUCACACGGGAGAAAGGCCUUAUGAGUGCAGUGAAUGUGGGAAGACUUUUAGCCAAAAAUCUUCCCUGUCAAUACACCAGAGAAUUCAUAAUAGAGAAAAGCCUUAUCAGUGCAGUGAAUGUGGGAAAUCUUUUACCAACAGCUCCAUACUGAUUCGACACCAGAGAGUUCACACAGGAGAAAGACCUUAUGUGUGCAGUGAAUGUGGGAAGUCUUUUACCAGUAGCGCUACCCUCUCUUACCAUCAGAGAAGUUCACACUAG